CAGCCUCCGACGGUGACCUUGUCGUGACGCAGGGCCUUUUCCUCGCUCCAAGAUUUAAAUUCUCUGAAUUUCGAUUGACCAAUAGAGAGGACGAAGCACGAAGUUUGAUUUAGCAUUCUGGUUCAUGAUGUUGAAUCCGACAAGGGAGGAUAGUCUAUAAUAGGUUUGCUUUGAAUCUGGAUUGACCCAGAAAGAAAAAAGAAAAGUGAAGCUUUGAAUGAUUUGUUGUGGAUUUAUGUGGAAAUCCGGAGGUGAAGAUUUGCAAGGUUUCUAUCCAGUUAGAUCAGAAUGUGUAGCAGAUGUUCCCAGGACUCGAUUUAAAUCAAGGGCUGGUAAAACUCUAAGUGCUAGAAAAUGGCACGCUGCGUUUACUGAAGAUGGACAUUUGGAUAUGGAAAGAGUUCUUCGCCGUAUACAGCGAGGGGGAAUUCAUCCCUCAAUCAAAGGAGAGGUUUGGGAGUUUUUGUUAGGAGGUUACGAUCCGGACAGCACGUUUGAAGAGCGGAACAAGUUGAGGAAUCACAGAAGGGAGCAGUAUUAUGGUUGGAAAGAAGAAUGUCGGAAUAUGGUUCCUCUUGUUGGUAGCGGCAAGUUUGUCACGAUGGCAGUUGUUGCGGAAGAUGGGCAGCCAUUAGAAGAAUCCUCAGUAGAGAAUCAAGGAUGGCUUGUGAAAACCGCUAUAACCGACAAGCGUGUGCUCCAGUGGAUGCUUGUCUUGAGUCAAAUCGGUCUCGAUGUGGUUAGAACGGAUCGGUAUCUCUGCUUUUAUGAGAGUGAAAGUAAUCAAGCAAGACUAUGGGAUAUUCUUUCCAUCUAUACAUGGUUAAAUCCUGAUAUUGGCUAUGUUCAAGGAAUGAAUGACAUAUGUUCCCCGAUGAUAAUCCUACUUGAAGAUGAAGCCGACGCUUUCUGGUGCUUUGAGCGUGCAAUGCGAAGACUAAGAGAAAAUUUCAGGACAACAGCAACAUCAAUGGGCGUCCAGACUCAGCUGGGUAUGCUCUCACAGGUCAUUAAAACCGUUGAUCCUCGGCUACAUCAGCAUCUUGAGGAUCUCGACGGUGGAGAGUAUCUGUUUGCUAUACGAAUGUUGAUGGUAUUGUUCAGGAGAGAGUUCUCCUUCCUUGAUGCUUUGUACCUUUGGGAGCUGAUGUGGGCUAUGGAAUAUAAUCCAAACAAGUUUGCAUCAUACGAAGAACCACAGAACAUAAACAACUCCUCAGGACAGGAUCCGAGGUUACUGAAGCAGUAUGGAAAGUUUGAGAGAAAAUAUAUAAAGAAUGGCCAGAACGAGCAACACAACACGCUUGCUGUUUUUGUUGUAGCAAGCGUUCUUGAAACAAAGAACAAACGUCUCUUGAAGGAAGCAAAAGGCCUAGAUGACGUUGUUCAGAUAUUGGGCGGUAUUGCAGGUAAUUUGGACGCGAGAAAAGCGUGUAAGGAAGCGUUGAAGAUUCAUGAAAAAUUCCUGAAAAAGGCUAAUAAUAGGCAAUGACAUUGCUUAACCUCUGACCGUCCGUUUUCUUCCGGUUUUGUUUAACCGAUAUCAUAUGAUCUUGGCCUGAAAAUGGGUCGAUGAGAAUACUCUGAUUCUUUUGUUCUUUCAUUUCUGUCUGUUCCUGUAUGUAUCUUACAAAUUCGUUUGUUGAUACUGUGUGCUAGAGAAAUUACACAUGCGUGCCGUUAUUGUUUAAACGAUGGAAGUUCAUGUUUUUUUGGUGUCUGUUUUUUUUU